AUUCAAGGCAGGAUUGAAAAUGACAUCACCCACACAUGACAGAGGUAGGAGGAGGUACAAAAAACUUUUGCAAUUGCACAAAUAACUUUUUUGGGGGGAGGGGGAAGGAGCCCUCCAUUCCCCCCAAGAGGAACCCAACAAUUACCUAACAUAUUGUGGUACUGCAUUAGAUUAGUGUGUAGGGAGGGGGCUGUGUACGUAAGAAGGAAAUGGGGUGCCCUAGCUGCCUACCCUACUGCAGGCUGCAACAAUUUGUUACAGGUCCUACUGCCUAGCAGAAAUCCAUGUAAGUUAUUUUGCUCGUAAGUGCAUUGAUGCAAUGCAACAGCAUAGCUGCUGGGCUUUGGAGGGGAUCCCGUGGCUUUACAUUGUUUAUGACGUCACACACGUGCAGGGAACGUCAAUCUCCCGCUGAUCCCGACGUUUCCAUCGACUUAAGAAAAGCCCUUCUUUCCCCUUCCCACCCCUCCCCUUCUUCCUUAUCUUUGCAGCUGCCAGAAUCACCACCUGACGGACGUGUUCCCGGAGUAAGAAACGGGCAAGAGCGAAAGGCGGAGCGAGGAAGGUGAGUAAGUACCAUGCUGCUACUAAUGAGGGUUAAAAUAUUUAUUAUUUAAAUAAAAAAUAAAAAGCUAAAGACACAGAAUUCGACGCAUGCGCCGUCGAAGACUCGCCUCUCCAGGUGCAUGGAUACUAGAAAAAAAUGUUAGAACAACUCAUAGAUUGGGGAGGAAAGAUCCCAAAAGAGCCUAACGCCUCCAACCCCGCUGUGGAAGCUAGAAUUAGAAAUAAACGAAGGAAUCGGUAUGUUUUUGCAUGGCUGCGAUUAGGUGGCGGGCAUAGUUGCCUUCCAGCCUCCAAACGAAAGGAAAAAGGGAAAAAUCGAAGAUUAUGCUCAUUUCAAACUUAGGUUGCAACUUACUUUCUUUUUUAAAAUGUGAUUUCUGCCCAAUUUGUGGCUCUUCCCCGAGGCAUUCCGUGUACAGCAUGUUAACGCUGAGGCGUCGCACGCACACAAAAGGACAGCCCACUUUAUCGCUUAUUUACUUCACUUCUUGAUCAUUAAAACACACACACACCCCAAACCAAAAGAAUCCUCAAAGCGGGUGACGAAAAGAUAACAAAACCACCUAGAAUCGAGGAGAAAACUCCGCAACCUUCACUUCGCAAACAUAACAAAGAACUAAAACGGAUUAAAAUUACCUCCGCUUCCUAAGCGCUUUUUAAACCAAAUAACGCUUUUAAGCGGAGCACCGCGGAAGGCGCCGCCCUCCGCGUCGUUCUCAAGUGGCAGGGAGUUCCGCAGCGCCCCACAUGGCCCGAGUUUCCUCAAAUGCUCCGCCGCAGCCCAAGCCUCUUUUGCGGUUUUAUUUGGGGUGGGGGGGGAGAGAAAAAGAACGCGGGGCAGAAUUUUUUUUUAAUUUUUUUAAGGCCCAUGCGGACCCUCUGGGGGGCGAGUGUGAAGGACGCACACACGGAGAGAGCGAGAGGAGGUUUUGAGACAGGAGUCGCGCUCACUUCCGGUUUCCGGUUGGGAGGCGGGGCAAGGAAGAGAGAGUGACAGGAUGUUGCGCGUCCGGGUCACGAGCGACUUCCUGGCUGGCGAAAGUGGCGGCGGCGGUUGCAGGUCUGUGGUCCAGGGUGGGAGGCGAAGAGGAGGAGAAGGGGCAGUUGCUGCCGCCGCCAGCACCGCCGGGUUCUCGCGCUGCGCCUCGCGAGAUUUCGAAGGGAGGGCAGAAGAGUCGGUGGGUACCGCUUCGCGACAGCGGGCGGGGGGGGGGGUUGGGGGCCGAAGGAGGACUGGGAAGCCUCUUGGGGAGAGGAGGGGGGGCCCUCAGGCGACCCCCGGCUGUGGGGGCGAAGGGGAAGGCGGCGGCGGGUGAGGGGGGGUUAUCUUCCUACUUCGCCCGUACUUCUCCCCCCAUCGGGCGGGUUCACUUCCCGGGGUCCCCGGGUCCCUUCUAGUACUUGGCGAAGGGAGCCUGUGAGGAUUUCCGAGGUCUUCGUUUGUUCGCCCACCCUUCUCUCUCUCACACACACACCCGCCCAGUUGAGGAAGGACUAGGCAGAUGGUCACCCCCUGCAGUUGCAUUUUUUACGCUGGCCUUCCUCCUAGGUUUAAGGACCUAGGUUUAAGGAUGUGUGUGUGUGUGUGUGUGUGUGUGUGUGUGUGUGUGUAGAGAGAGAGAGAGAGAUUGAAGGAUGUGUGUGUGUGUGUAUAUAUAUAUAGGUUGAAGGAUGUGUGUGUGUGUGUGUGUGUGUGUGUAUAUAUAUAUAUAUAUAUAUAGGUUGAAGGAUGUGUGUGUGUAUAUAUAUAUAUAUAUAUAUGUGUGUGUGUGUGUGUGUGUGUGUGUGUGUGUGUGUGUGUGCACACACACACACACACAAAUAUAUAUGUACACACACACACACACACAAAAACCAGCCCCCCUCUCUUUAUAUAAUGGGGGUAGAGGCUGGUUUUGUUCGUUUAAAUCUACCCCCCUCCCCUGCCACACACAACGUGCCUCUGUUCUGAGUGCUGUUUUUGGCCUUGCACCUUGGAAGCAGCUUAGGCUCGGGCUGAUGGAGAACCGUGGCCGAAAAGUAAGGAGCAUAGUGGUGCUUUCUUUCUGGGAUUGCAUUCCAUGCCUGUCUCUCAGGUCAGGUUGCGCAAGGGACUAGGGGCCUAUUUGUAGCUGGGGCGCACAUCCAUUGUAAGGACUGUGACCUUUGCAGGGUUGGUUUUUACCCCCCCUGGGGAUGGGGACCUUUCCUUAGGAGUGAGGAUCACCUUUCAGUUCUUUUCAAAAUAGCUUGAAGGUGUUGAUUGGUCACUUCAUUGUUAGGCACUGACUUUCUGCUGGAAGAAUUAAGUAAUACGCAGGGGCACAGGUCUUGUGAUGUGAAAAGUUUCCAAAGAUCACUUUCUUGGUGUUUUUUAAUUCCUCUUUCUUUUUUUAUAUUAUUUGGGACAGUUUUCUGUUGCAGGACAUCCAUAUAUAUUCAGCUCAUGGUCCACAAUCUAAAUGAAGACUUAAUUUAGAAAAGGGUGUACAAUAAUCUUAGAAAGUGAGGGGCUCUAAACUAUACAGUGGUACCUCUGGUUAAGAACGUAAUUUGUUCCGGAGUUCCGUUGUUAACCUGAAACUGUUCGUAACCUGAGGUACCAUUUUAGCCCAAGGGGCCUCCUGCUGCCACUGCGCCGCCAUCAUGCGAUUUCUGUUCUCAUCCUGAAGCAAAGUUCUUAACCCGAGGUACUAUUACCUCGGUUAGCGGAGUCUGUAACCUGAAGUGUCUGUAACCUGAAGUGUCUGUAACCCGAGGUACCACUGUACUAGUAAUGUGGGAAUUUCCAAGGCUUUCCACCUGUACUUUUUGUACAGAUUCUGCAUGCUUAAGUGUUUGCCAAAGGAGUCAGAAGCUAACGCCCUGUUUAUAGUGUUCUGCAUUGUAGUAGUCUAUAGUGAUAAGAAGAGAUAAGCCUGAGACUGGAGAAAGUGCAGGUGCCUGGUUCAGUAAGAAUGGCUUCUGGUAGCUGAAAACUUGGAAGUUUGUCUGGUGUGAUGUUGGGCUAAAUAUUGGGAUCUGUAAAUACAUUUUCAAAAAUCUGUCUUGUCUGUAAGCUUCCAGAAAUAAAACAUUUAAUACCCAUUUAACUUUACACAGUGAAUAGGCCUCCUGCAAACUGUCUUUAGUUUAAUCUCUGCAGAGUCAGGCCUCUGGCAUUUACAUCUGAAGGUGCUAGUAAGCUACUUUGCAGGAACUGAACAUAUACAGAUGGUAAGUCUUAAUUAGGAUGGAAAAGAGAUGCAAAUAUUAUACAUUUUUCCAAAAGAAUGUAGUUGAUUCCAACACCUCUUGGUCUAGUGUUGCAGGCUGCAAUUCUACCUAGAACAACGUCCAAGUGAACUCAGUGUGAUUUUUUUCUAUAGAGGAGUGUGCCUCACAUUACAGGGUAAAGCUCCUUCAGAACCACUGGUAGACAAAGCUGAAUAAUUUGGCAUUUGAUCAGGCACUAUGUGGAACUGCUUUUUCUUAUGAGCAAUAAUGUUAAUUUUCCCAUAUGAUUGGUUUCGAAGUUGUGGAUGAUUUCACAUAAGCAGGAAAAUUGUUGUAGGAGUUGACUGUUCAAAUUACACAGGCCUGCAUUUUAUUAGCCAUUAAAGAAAAAUGCCUAGUGUAGUAUUCGGCUUAUCCCAUUUAGAGCGCUGAGUUACAUCCUUUUUCAUCAUUUAUUACUUGGGUGAUGAAUUUGAAUAGCAGAAUGUCACACUACAGUAAGAUUGCAUCAAGCUCUCUAGCUAAAGGGGACCUACCAAACAAAACUUUCUCUAGGCUUUAUAGAAUUGACUUACUUGUCAGUUCUGAUCCCUAACCCAAUGAAACACCAUUAACUCUUGGUUGCUAAAAACCUGGCAAGAUAACAUUCCUCCCAAAUGUUCAAAGAGUUUUACAUAUACCAUACCAGUAAUCCUUAUAACAACCAUUUAAGGUAAGUGGGGGUUGCCCCAAUGUUGCACAUCCAGCGAUGAGACCAAGCAUGAGUUUCUUGCCUAAGGCCACCUAAGUAAGUUCAUAGUAGAAGGCACAAUUUGAACUGGAGGGUUUCUGAUUCACAGUUCUGUCACUAGGCCAGUAUGCUACAGUAGCAGUCAUUGUUAGUUUUGUUUUGGAUUCCCCCUUUUUCUUUUUCUUUUCUUUAAUCCUUCCCUCCUCCUGGUUUCUUUUUAUUUCUUUGUAUAAAUUCCUUGUGAGACACUUGCCUCAUAGUUUCCCAAGGCUUAUUAAUUCACAACUACAAAAAAGAUGUUGGGAAAGAUCCAGAAACAGGCAACCAAAAUUAUUAAAGGGAUGAAGCCGCUCCCCUAUGAGGAAAGUUUGCAUCAUUUCGGACUUGUUAGUUUUGGGAAAAUACAAGUAAAAGUGACGUGAUAAAGACGUUAAUACCAAUUAUGCGUGGUGUGGAGAAAGUGGGAAGUGGAAGUUUGUUUCUCUGUCUCAUAACACGAGAAUUUGUGAACAUCUUAGAAAAUUAAACAUUGGAAGAUUCAGGAAAGGUAAAAGGAUACUUCUUCACACAGUUCAUAGUUGAACUGAAAUUCACUCGCUUCCAGAGGAGGCAGUGGUGGCUGUGAACUUGGAUGGCUUUAAAAGAGGGUUAGAUAAGUUUGUAGAGGGUAAGGCAAUCGGCGGCUGCUAGCCAUGAUGGCUAUGCUGUACUGCCACAGUGAGAGGCAGCAUGUCUCUUAACACCAGCUUUGGGAAUUGAAGGUGGACAGAGCACUGUUGCACUCACAUCUUUAUAAGUUUCCCACAGGCGUCUGGUUGGCCACUGUGAGAACAGAAUGCUAGACUACAUUGGCCUUGAUUCAGCAGGCUCUUACAAUAGUAAAGUAGAAUCAUAGAAUCAUAGAGUCAUAGAGUUGGAAGAGACCACAAGGGCCAUCGAGUCCAACCCCCUGCCAAGCAGGAAACACCAUCAGAGCACUCCUGACAUAUGGUUGCCACUGUCAAACAGCUCUUACUGUCAGGAAGUUCUUCCUAAUGUUUAGGUGGAAUCUUCUUUCUUGUAGUUUGGAUCCAUUGCUCUGUGUCCGCUUCUCUGGAGCAGCAGAAAACAACCUUUCUCCCUCCUCUAUGUGACAUCCUUUUAUAUAGGGUGAGAGAUGACAGAUUUUAGUAGUAAUGGUAAGUGAUUUGUGUCUUCUUUUCUUUCAGAAGACUCUGCAGCACUAUCUUACAUUCCCGCCUCCUCCUCCCCUGCUUGCCUCACUGUAGCCAUGAAAGAGAUGAGGUAGCCGCCCUUGAGCGUGCUAGAAUCUAACUUCAGAUGGAUGCAAAAUAUAAAGACGAUGUAUUUAGGAAGUAUGUACAGUUUCAUGAAUCCAAAUUGAAUACCUCUGACAAGAAGCAGCACUCUGUUAGUGAUGAGUGUCUACAAGUGACAGCUUCAACCUUACUCUGUUUUCCCAAGAUUGAUCCCUUCUACAGAUUCCGGCUGAUAAAAUUUUAUGAGAUAGUUGAAAAUUCACUUAGGUCCUUGAAAUCUUCAAGUUUGCGUUCACUCCAAAAUGCAUUUGGCGUUCUGGAAUCAGUUGGAGUUAAUCUUUUUCUUUACCCUUGGAAGAAGGAAUUCAGAAAUAUAAAGGUAAGAGUGUGCAAAUAUGUUAUUCUUUUGUAAUCUAAAUAUUUGUGCUUUGAACUCUUAAAAGGGCAUCUGUUCUAUCUGUAAGGUGGUGUGUAGCACUCAAAUUUAUUCCAAAGAUUAAAAAACAAAUGCAAGGCAAAAGUCUGGUUGCUUUUAUAAAUGGCUGGUGGGCAGUUGUGCCCAGACCUCAUGUCCUUUUUUCAGACCAGUUAAUCUUUAUUGUAAUUUAGGAUGCAAAGUAGAUUUUCACCUGAAAUCACGAUUCAAGAAAGCUUACCCAGUGAGCUUCAGUUGGGUUGGAAUUUGGCUUUAAGUUUUGUUACUAUAACCCUGAUUUCUGCAUUCAGCCUUGCCAAUUCCUAUCCUCGAGUUCAGCGAAUAUUUUCAUUGCAUUGUAUUUUAGAAUCACCUCAUUAUUCUAAAUGAAUAACUUCAGUGCAAUUCCUCAAUGUACAUUUCUCACCCACUUCCCUAGUGCUCUCCAUACUGUGGCCUGUAAGGAAAAAAAUGAAAAGUUCAGUCAUGAAAUGUAAAGUUAGAAAGAAUAAAUAAUGAGAGUUUGGUAUUGGUCUCUUUUGAAUAGUAUAGAUGGUGUGUCCCUGUAUGGUAGGAAGCCUAAAGGUCAGCUACUGUAUUUACAGCAUCAGCUGGGAAAAUCUUGAUCCAUCAGAUGUUGUUGGACUAUAGCUCCCAUCAACCAUUGCCACAGGAAUGAUGGGAGUUGUGAACCUUCAAAUGUUGUACCACAGGUUACUCAUUCUGAUACACGUGGUAGAAAAAUCCUCUACACCUGACCCAUUGGAUUCCUGUAGCCUUGAUGCUGGUGUUCAAGAAGAAGAAUCGUACACAGCCAUUUCCAGGGCUUGUGUAUAUAAAUCUGUUUGUUGCUUCCCAUAGUCUAAGCUAAUGUAUAAAUUGCUUUUCUAGUCCUAGUAACAGAGUUUUAGAUCCUGAUGCCAAUUUAUUUUCUGUAUCUCCCCUUCCUUUUUAAAAUAUCUUUUAGUGUUCGGAGCAGUUAAGGAUUCUAUCUAGCAAUACAUUACUGGUCAUGAUUCUAGCAAAUAUAUCAACACCAAAACAUUAGUACAGGUUAACUAUAAAUCUUUACAAUUUCACUGACUGAUUUUAGCAAAACAUGCAUUUUCUGUACUCAUCCCAUCAUUUCAGUACCCCCAUGAUUUCUUAGGUACCAAAAGGUACCCAAAAUAUCCAGUUGUCCCACCCCAUUACACCUGAUACAGUUCUUUGUGGUAGAUUAAAACAGAGUAUACUAUCAUGGAAGAUGGGAGAACUAUUGACUUUAAGAAUACCUUUGGGUCACAGUUUCACCCUCUGCCUGGUUUAAUCUUUACUGUAGCAUCAUACCUAACUGUAGAAGCUGAAUCAGAGAGCAGUUGGUAUGGUAUUCUCUGGUGAAUGUAUAGCCACGGGGUGGUAUUCAUCUAUUGUGUCCUGCCAACACAAGGAUUUCUGCUUGCCCAACAGAACUUUCCCUGCCUGCUCCAAAUCUUCUAUGGAGGGUUGGGAAUCCCUAGAACAUAUUUAGGGGAUACACAGAGGGAGGAAAGACCUGUUGCACAAGCAGGAAUCCAUAUGCUGACAGUACCACAAUGUAGCCGUGCUUUGGAUGCAACCAAUUGAAAUUAAUUUGCCUUCGUGUGCUCAAGUGGAUUGUGUAUAGAAUUAUUCCGAAUUUUAGCACCAAACCCUGUUAUUUGACAGUGCAUGAUCCCCUCAUGUGGUUAUAACCAGUGCUUUUCCCCCUUAAAAAUGUUUAGGGGUACUCUCAUUUUGACUCAAGAAAAUCACAAUUUUAUCGUUCAAAUUGGGGAAAAUAAAUGCAGUAAAUGGACAAAAGUACAAAGAUUUACAAAAUGUUUAGGGGUAUGCAUCCCCCUGCGUCCCCCCCCCCGAAAAAAGCACUGGUUAUAACAUAUCUACACUAUUUCAGAAUUACAUCUGAGCACUUGGUUGAAUACUAUGUUUACCAUUUUUUUCUCUCUUUCCCAUCUUCAGACUUACACAGGACCUUUUGUUUAUUAUGUAAAGUCUACAAUACCAGAUGAGGAUAUAAGACAGAUACUUAACUCAAUGGGAUACAUUCAAGAACUUGGAACUAUGUAUAAACUCAAAGACAUGGUUGAUACCCUCCAGGUAAAGAUGGUAUCAUUUGAACUUUUCUUGGCCAAAUUAGAGUGUGAACAAUUGAUUGAAAUUCAUUUGCAAGUGAAAGAUAAAGGUUACACAGAACUUGAUAUUGUAAAUGAAAGAAAGAAUAGCAGUGAUGUCCGAGGCUGCUCAGAUGCCUUGAAGCGUCGUGCAGAAUGCAAAGAAAAUCUAAACACUUCCAUGUCACGAAUGGUACUUCAGAAAUCUGCAAGUGAGAGAGGCUGUAAAGAUUACUUCAAACCCAAAGUUAGCAAAGCUUCUAAAUCAGUGGAUGCCUAUGAUAGUUACUUGGAAAAUAAGAAGCCACCUUUGAUGACAUCCUUGAGUCUCAGAAAAGAACCCAUUUUGGUUGAUACUGAAGAUGACAUUAAAGAUGAAAUAAUUCGUCCUUCGCCAUCCCUCCUUGCCAUGUCAAGUUCUCCGCAUGGAUGUUCCGAUGAAUAUUUGCCAGUUUCAUCCCAUACCAACGGCAUAUUAAGAACGGGUAUUCCAUACAGUACUUACUAUUCCCCUCAAGAUGAUUUAGAUUUAUAUACCGACUCUGAUUCUAGAAGUAUGUUCAAGAGACAAGAACCCACUAAACAUGAUGUAUGGCUGCUAAAGAACGAUGCCAACCCGACUUACCAUAAACGUACACAUCUAGCCAAAGAUACCACUUCCCUUAAGUGCCAAAACUGUGGAUUAUCUUGCGGCACCUCCAUUUGCCAAAAGUGCGACAACUUGCUCAUCUGCAGGCAGGAAUAUCCACCAAUGAAGCAGAGCAGCUAUUCACUCAAAACUCUUGCAAGUGAAGGCAUAUCUUCUGGGUCGGUGAUAAGGGAGAAGCCUCAGUACAUGUUGCAGACUCAAGACCGAGUGUCUCAGUACAGUUCAAAAUCGAAGCCUUCAGGCUCUUCACGCUGUGGAUUUUGCAACAGACCAGGAGCUACAAACACAUGCACUUUUUGUUCAAAAGUUUCCUGCGAUUCUUGCCUCACUGCUUACUAUUAUGAUCCCUGCUGUCGAAAAAGUGAGCUUCAUAGGUUCUUGCCAAACAAUCAGUUAAACUAUAAAUCAAACCAGCUACCACACAUGGUUUAUAGAUAGACCUUUAUUUUUAUCUUCUGUUUUUUGGAAAUCCUAUAAUUUGGGACAAAAGGGCUAAAAACACAAAACAUUCUGAUGUUGCUAGAAGUAUCCUACUGACCUCUUAGGAGAAAUAAAAAAGUAGACAUGCCCUAACAUUGGACAUACACAUCUUAACAUAGUGCCAGUCUUCAAUGAUGUGACUUUACAAAUGUUGUCUAUUCAAUAAUUGACACUGCUGCUACUGUUUUAGGUGACUCUUAGCUGCUUUUCCGUUCUAGAUGGGAGAGAGGAGCAAUUUUUUCCUUUUUUUUUAGAAGCAGGCAGGCAUUGCAAUUCAUUUUUUUCUAAAGACAUCACAUGUCUGUGCUUUGUGGCUGUCACACUGCCUCAUCCACACAACACAGCACCAGAGUAGUAACUAGAAAGAUGACCAAGAAACUAAGAACAGCAUUUUCAGUGAAUUGUGAAAUUGUCUGUUUUGGUAACUUGCACGGAAUAUUCCUUUGUGUUUGCCAAAAAAAGUGAUUUUUUAUUUUUAAAAAAGGAAAAUUAAUCGCAUUACUUAAGCUCCAAAAGGCAAAAUCACCAUGGCAUCUAUUCCUUGUGUCUCUUCUACUUUUCCUUCACCAUCUCAAGCAUAUAAAAUCAAAUUCUAAACUGAAUAUUUGCUUUAUUUUUCGCUGUUGCCAAUACACCUUGUGUGUGUGGUUGUUUUUUUAACUGUUCUAGUAUUAAGAAGUGAAUCAGUAUGUGUUACGUUACGCCUGGAGUGUCCCCAAUGAAUUAUGAUCAGAUUCACCUUCUGUUGCACAUGUAUCAAAUCCAGUUGUUUCUACUGUAAAUAGGUGAUUUGGAAGCAGAUUAUUUUUAAAUAAAUAUAUUCAGUAUGUUGUGGUUUUUUUAAAAUAUAUAUAUAUAAGGUCCUGUAAAUGAAGUCUCUGGGUUAUUUUUUCAGGUAACAUUAUUUUUUCCUUGUACUGUAUUUCACCUACAGCUUAUUACAGCUGUUGUGGUAGACAGGUGUCCCUCAAAUCCAUUAGUCUCUUUGCUUCUCUCACCUGGUUUGAAAUUCUGCCUCUGGAGCUUUGUCAGAGAUAGGUGGGCAAGUCACUUGGCUCCAACUGUUUCAUGCAGAAGUGAAGCUUUUCCCCUUGUAAUGAUUUUUAGCCACAACAAGGACGUAGAGGAUUCGGCUAUGCAUACAUGGUUUCUCCCAUCCAUGCUCACGGGAGUAUGUUUGCAUAAAGUACACAGCCACAGCACACUAGAAAUAAUGAUGGUUAAAAUAACAGGGAUUGCACCAUUCCCAGCCAAGUGAAAUUUCUUAAGCCACAAAGGAUAUCAAACACUCCUUUUUUAAUAAUUUGCCCUUUAUGUUUAAUUGCUAUGCCAUUGCAUUGAGUUUUGAACUUUGUGGCAGAUUACAUUUGACCUUAAAGCUGUUAAUUUUUAAGAGCGUGGUUGUUGAUUCUAAGACUUGCAGUCCUUUCACCCUUUCUGUGACAGAAGCUUACAUGAAUAGCCAGUGUGUGGUGGGGGUGACAGAAACAUAAAGAGAUUAAACAUAUUGUAGAUUUGGUGAAAUUCUUCUGUUGUGACUGAGCAUCAAAUACACUGUCUCACAUGAUCUUUCUGGAAUGUUGCCAACAGCAAAGCGUUACCAAGAAAAGAAUACAUGGUUGAGAAAAGUAGAAAUGAGAUUAUUGCGAUGGCAUACUACUGCAUUCAGCAUUUUAUUUUCUUUGCAGGCAAGUAUUAGCUUGCUGACUGGGAAGGUCCGUGUAAAAUCAUUGCUUAAGUGAACGAUGAAGGUUUUCAUAAUCUUAGAUGGAUUUUUUUUUUUUAGAAGCAUAUAUUCAUAUACCUGUAGAUAAAAUGUGUAUAUAAUGCCAAAUUUGAAAUAAUUUUACUCUUUCUAAAGUAUCAGCCUGUAGAGUUCAUUUUGAUGUGUUCCGUUUCUGCUCAGCCUCUUCCAAGUACCAUGCCUGUCUUUACUUGGCUGCUAUACUGUACAGCUUCUAGUUCCUCUCUUGUUCAGGUUCCAUACUGCUACUCACAUGACACUAAAUGAACAAAAACUGUGAUGCCACGUAAUUUAUACAGUGAACCUAGCAGGGACUAAUUAUAUUGCUUUAAAAAGAAAAAAAAAUAGUCCUGUGUACAUAUUUGUCAUGGAAUACCUGUGGUAUUUAACAGUGUUAAAUUGCAAGUGAUACCAUGCAAACUAUACUUUUAUGUGUAUCUUACUGUAUGAGGUUGCUGUGAUUGAGACAGUAAAAUAUAUGUUAAUUUAAAA